AGCUAAGCUGACAUAUUUCUAUAAACAUUUUAUUAUAUUUGUCAUUUUCUAUAUUACUAAUAAUUAUCGGAAUUGUACACCCUAAAAAGUUCACGUCUUCUAAAAAACACCGGUUUUAUAAGUUAUGGCGUAUCAAACAUUGCGGCAAGAAUAUUUCCAGAUACCGGUGGUUACUCGAGCGUACGCAACGGCAUGUGUUAUUACAACACUAUCCGUCCACCUGGAAAUAGUAACUCCAUUCCAGCUUUACUUUAAUCCAAUCCUAAUCCUCAGGCACUAUCAAUUAUGGAGGCUAGGAACUACGUUUCUAUUCUUUGGAACGUUUGGCUUCAAUUUUCUUUUUAAUAUGAUAUUUACGUACAGAUAUUGCCGAAUGCUGGAAGAAGGUUCUUUCCGUGGAAGAAGUGCCGAUUUUAUUAUGAUGUUUUUAUUCGGAGGUGUUGUUAUGAUAAUUUUUGCUUUUUUUGUAAAUCUAUUGUUUCUCGGACAAGCUUUUACGAUAAUGCUGGUGUACGUUUGGUCACGAAGAAAUCCUUUCAUUCGGAUGAACUUCUUCGGAAUAUUAAAUUUCCAGGCUCCUUACCUGCCUUGGGUGCUGUUAGGAUUCUCUGUGCUUAUAGGCAAUACUAUCUGGGUUGAUUUGAUGGGCAUCGUAGUCGGCCAUAUCUACUAUUUCCUAGAAGAUGUUUUUCCUGAUCAAAUCAACGGCUUCCAUUUGCUAAAAACACCUCAGUUUUUGAAAAAUAUAUUUGAUGAACCGAUUGAGGAUACAGAUUAUACGGCUCUACCCGAAGAUCGUCCCGGCGGAUUUAAUUGGGGUAGAGAAGAUCAAAAUAAUGCAAAUGAUGGACAAAAUGAUGUGCAACGAGAUAGAAUGUGAUUGAAUAAGAAGUACUUGUUA